AGCCAGUUCUGAAGACACUUCCCUGGUACCUUCAUUUCACCUCCUAGAAAUAAUGCUUUAUACUCAGAUGUUUCCAGAGUAAGGAGGCUGAGCACUGCCUUGUUCCUCCCAAGCCCCCCUCUCUCUGCCUGCCCUCCUCUUUCCCAGUGCACUGCAUGUCCCUCCCCUCUUCUGCAUGGGCUGGAGGUGCUGGGGUCCUGCUGCUACCUCCAGGAUUGGACCUCAGUCUCAGCACAGAGUGGGAAUGAGGAGCUGUCUGCCUGAUGACUGCUGCCCACCUAUUCUUUACUAGGUUAAGACCAUUGGGCACAAUGCAUCACUUACAUCUUGUACUCCUCCUACUCUCUAUUCUAAUGCCGACCAUCAACAAGGCAGAUGAUGAAGGUGAGGAUGGGUACAACUGGCACAUCAAGGAAAUACCUCACAUUGUCAAUUCUUAUGUUGUCCAACUCAAGAGUCCAAUGUUUCAAGCAGAACCAGUACAUGAACUCCAUGGAACCUGCGGAAUUGAAUGUCAGAAGAACUUACCACCACCAACGCAAAGUGAUCUGGAAAACUACCUUUCCUAUGAGACAGUCUUUGACAAUGGAACACGCAUCAUGACCAGAGUUAAAUUUCAACCGCCUGUCAGAUUUAAUCAGACCAGUGCCACGGCACAACAUACCGUACGAAGAAAGAGGCAGGUGUAUGGUACCGACAGUAGGUUCAGUAUAUCUGACAAGCAUUUCAUGACCAACUAUCCAUUUAGUACUGCAGUCAAGCUGUCUUCAGGCUGCAGUGGCAUUCUUAUUUCACCCAAACAUGUGUUAACUGCGGCUCAUUGUGUACAUGAUGGCACAGAUUACAUCAAGAACAGUAAAAAGUUACGAGUUGGAAUCCUUAAAAUCAAAACAAACAGGGGAGGAAAAAGACGUAAGGGUGCCAAGAAAAGCGGAGAGAACCCACCUGCCAAAGAAGAGAGUGCAACAAAGGGGGGUAAAAGAAAACAGAAAAAAACAGUACAGAAAAGGUCAGUAGAAGACGACACAGAGAAGACACAGCAGAGAUCUGGUAGAGAAAAGAGCUCCUUGCCUGGAAAGCCUUCCUUCCAGUGGACAAGAGUAAAAGCCAUUCAGAUCCCUAAAGGCUGGUUCAAGGAAGUAUCAGAAAACAUGGCCCUGGACUAUGACUAUGCAGUUCUGGAACUAAAGCGCUCACAGAAAAAGAACUACAUGGAGCUUGGAAUAAGUCCUGAGAUCAAUAAGAUGCCGGGCAGUAGAGUGCACUUCUCGGGAUUUGAUGAGGACAGACCAGGCCAGGUAGUCUACCGUUUUUGCAGUGUAUCCGUGGAAUCUAAUGAACUGUUCUAUCAGUACUGUGAUGCGGAAAAUGGUUCUAGUGGUUCUGGUAUUUACAUCCGUGUCAAGGAACCAAACAAGAAAAAAUGGAAGCGGAAAAUCAUUGGAAUCUAUUCAGGCCAUCAGUGGGUGGAAGUCGGUGCUGAACAGCAGGAUUACAAUGUAGCUGUAAGAAUUACUCCGGUUAAAUAUGCGCAGAUUUGUCUCUGGAUACAUGGAAACAAUGCUGAUUGUUCUCAAGGUUGAACCUUUUUAUAAUAUCACCUGAAACUUAUGGGAGGGAAGUUCUAGGGAAAGUGUUUCUUAAAGCUUUGAAGGGAAAAUGAAGAUUUUUAGACCAUGCACUGAUAAACUCUAGUGCGUGUCUUGAUUGUCCUAACAAAGCACCAAUGAAGGUAAUAAUGGAAGCCGGAGAAGAAACAGCACUACCUACAUGAAACAAAGGAAUUAUGUAAUGUUGAUAUUUAUUGGAAGAAAUCAGCAGCGCUGCUGUAGAUAUAAAGAACUCAGGACUGCCCUUAAGUAUGCAAAUGUUUUACAUUAUUAAAGUGUGUUUACAGAAAUGGAUCCUCACCAUCACUUUGCAUUGUGAACUUUAGUCACAUCAUAGUAGCAGUCACUCAAAGCAACACACAUUGGUAUAAGGAGCACACAAAACAGCAGGGCUUGUUCCUGGGCACGUACAGCACAUGACGAAAUAAAAGAAUACAACAUUGUACACAUGCUUGCCUAGAUUCACAAAAUAGUGUGGAAGAGGUGUCCCUGUCUCAGAACAUUAUGGUAUAUUGCCAGGAUCUGCCAUCACUUUAUGAAUAGUGUAACCAACCUCUCAGAUAUAAAGGGGCCACGGCGCUGACUCAGUGUUAUACCCAAUAUACAGAAAGCAUGAUGGGAAAAAAGCAGGAUGACUUCCCUUGAAGAGGCAUGAAGGAAAGCAGCUGCCAAGGACUGAGUAUACGUAAUAGGGGACUUCAUCUUAGUUCCAUUAAACUGCUAGUGUCUCUGCAUGGGCAACUACUGCCUCCUUGAAGUAGAGUAUACAUAAUAUGCUGUAUACUCAGGACAUACUAUAAUGUAUCCAGAGCAAAUAGAAUAGUAUAGGGAGCAACACAGUAAAAUGGAGACUGACCAGAAGAAAUGUUCUGCAUGUUUUUCAUUCCGUAUCUCAUACUGAGGUAUUAUCAGUUGAUGGAACAGGCCUAAAGGUUUAAAAGGGUACUCCACUGCCCCAGCAUUCAGAAUAUUUUGUUUCGAACUUUGGGUGCAGGCUGUGGGGGUUGUGACAUCACUGCCACGCCGCUCAUGAUGUCAUGCCAUGCCCUCUCAGUGCAAGUCUAUGGGAGGGGUGUGGCGGCUGCGAACGCUGGGGCAGUGGGAGUACCCCUUUAAGGGGAAUCGGUCAGCUCUAUAUCAUGUUCAGAGCCACAGACAUGGCCAGAUACCUGAUAGAGAGAGAAAAUAAAUGAUUCCUGUCUCUUAGCUGAUAACUGUUUGCAGGGUUAUAAAAUGAUGCUUUUCUUAUAAGUUCUAAGAAUCAUUGAGGUGGUGCUGAGCAUUCAGAAUAGCUGUCAGCCAAAGAAGCCUUUGGCCGCCAGCUAAAAGGACACCUUUAGCGCAGAAUGGCUGCACUGAGCCUCUGUAAAAGAACCAAGUUUUUUAUUCCACUAUACGAGUUUUACUAUUCAUGCUGUAGAUAAAGGGGCUGUCAAGGCAAAGAAAAAAAAAAUAGAAAUUGGCUCAUGGUGACAUUAAAACAAAAUGGGUCAUGAAAAAAUGGAUAAUAUAUAUAAUGGAUGAUAACUGAUGACCAAUUUUGACGGACAUUCUGUCAAAAUAACGGACAUGUGCCAUCCGUCAUGCACCGUUAUAAUCUGUUAUUUUAUGCCUGUUCUUUUAUUUCCAUGUGACCUCCUGGUUGUAAUGCUGUACUGAGCAUGCCCAGAAGCAAUGACGGAUUAUAACAGAACAUAAAAAUAAUGAACAAUAACGGAUGUCAUUUGUGAACAUCCAUCACGCAUAGACUUCAAUGUUAAAAUUUUAACGUCCGUCAUUCCUCCAUUAUUUUUGAUGGGACAAAAAUUAGUCCAUGCACCAUUAUUCGCCCCAUCAAAAUUAAUGGACAUUAGUCACAACGGAACACGGGUGCUAAAGGAUGGUCAAAAAAUCCUAUUGACAUGAAUGGGACUUUCUGACGGGAAUUCAUGAUGGAGGUUUUUACAGGAGGAUAACAGUAGUGUAAAAGGGGCCUAAGACAUUUUUUUUUCUGGCACUGUACAGUCUUUUUGAAGGGGUCCCACACUUUUAAUUUGAGUUACUUUUAGAAGCCUAGACAAGCCUGGUCAUAGCAAUGAAUGGAAGCUGACUCUUUUUUCCACCUCAAUGCACAGAUAAGCCUCUAAUGGUUCCUUUCUGAACGCUUACACUUAGGACUGGCUUAUAUAUGCAGACCUCAGGCUUACAUCUAUGUAGAUUUGUCAUUUAAACAAACAUUCAUUCACAUUGCUAUUGGUUUAUUUUAACAGGCUGCCAUAUCAGGGACUAUUGUACUCUUGAAUAGUUGGCAUGGAGGAUAGAAUGUGCAUUUAUCUAUAUGUCCUGUAGUUGAUGAAGCAAUAAGAUUUCCUGAUCUAUGAUGCCAUGCCGGGUGGUUUUAUAUAGGAAUCAACUGUUUUCACUGAAGAUCUGUUUAUAAACAAUAUAUGGGGCUUAACCAGGCACAUAUACAUUAAGGCAUUUAACAUAUACUGUAAGGAAUGGUUAUGGUGCUACUUAUAUUUAGCCAUUCAUUAAAGAGAUUUUUAAUAAUAGGUUGGGCUUCUUGAAUUGUCGGUACCAUCUAGAGUAUAUAAAGGGCUGACCUGCAAUGUGACAAUUGCCUGAAAUGUAUGACAUCCGUUCUUCCACGGAAGUUUUCUGUCCCCUCCAUUGAAGUCAAAAGAAAUGUAAAAUAUAAAGGAUGCACUUAUAGUUCUCCAUCUCACUGUAUCCAUUGCUUGGUAAAUUAACAAUCGCUGUGUGUGACAUUAGCCUUAGACUGGGUUUCCACGUGGCAGUUUUUUGGGGGAUACUGCCACUGCAGUUUUUUAACCAAAGCCAAAAGUGGGUCCAUAAAGGAGGAGAAGUUUAAGUCCUUCCUUUAUAUUUCUCAUUCCUUUUGAAUCCACUUCUUGAUUUAACUGAAAAACUCAAACAAAUAAAAAAAAGAAAGAAAUAUAAAAACAAGAGUUAGGCUGCAUUCACAUCUCUUGGGUACGAGAGAGCCCGGUUUGCCCCUCCCCCAGCCAGAUCCGGCACCCGUAGUGUAAAAACGAGAUGUGAAUGCAGUCUUAGGCCUGUUUCAGUCUAGUAUAAAAUGGGUGUAAGUCCUGGCUUGACCAUAGGUCUACUCACACGGACUGGCAGUAUCAUAGGGAACUGUGUUACUUUUGGUCUAGGUCUUUAGACCCGCAGUUGAGUCAGCACUUACAUAAUACAGACACAAUAAUAUGUCCUAUAUGCUAAUCUGAAACCUGCCUUAUUGUCAUUCUACAACUGAAUGAACAAAUGAUCGUGGUUUUAUAGAUUGGUCUGGUCCUUCACUAUGUGCAGCUAGAAUGUGUUGCUAUAUAAAGGACUGUUACAUUUUCAGCAAAUAAUGUUUGUCUUUGUAUAAUGAAAAGUUAUAAAAGAGUCUUCCAAUAUACUUUCUGUAUCAUAUCCUUGUGG